GCUUUGAUACUAUUUCAUUUCGCAUCGAAUGACAAUCGAAGCGAGUCGGUGCUCUUUUGUCACAUCUGGAGCAAUUACAUAGUCUCGUCCUGUAUUUAUAAGCAUUUUUUUACUUUUAUGCAAGGUGGUCAUGUCAAAGAUAAUGAUGGCAUCGUUCUUAAUUUGAUGUGCAUUUAGAAACGUUAAAUAGUUGAAUUUGUAUAUUGUGUGUGCGCGCGUGAGACAAAUUGUGUACUUUAACAAGUUGUUAUGAAUUGUUAAUUGUAUAAAUUGUGAAAAUGGUAUCCCGCAGCGUAUCGGCUCGCAGGUGGUUUCACCCUAAUAUUACGGGUUUAGAAGCAGAACGUUUAUUAAUGGAACGUGGAUUUGACAGUUCAUUUUUAGCACGACCGAGUUCUUCAAAUCCUGGUGAUUUUACUUUAUCCGUUAGACGGAAUGGUGAAGUGACUCAUAUUAAAAUAAAAAAUGCAGGAGAUUUUUAUGAUCUUUAUGGUGGUGAAAAAUUUGCUACACUUUCCGAAUUAGUACAGUUUUAUAUGGACAAUGAUGGGCAAUUGCGUGAAAAAAAUGGUGAAAUUAUUGAACUUAAAUAUCCUCUCAAUUGUGCUGAUCCUACGUCUGAAAGGUGGUUUCAUGGCCAUUUAUCGGCAAAAGAAGCAGAACGAUUAAUGCUAGAACGCGGAAAAAAUGGGUCUUUCUUAGUGCGUGAAUCUCAAAGUAAACCUGGCGAUUUUGUUUUAUCAGUACGCACUGACGAUCGUGUCACGCACGUUAUGAUACGAUUUCAGGAUAACAAAUAUGAUGUUGGCGGUGGUCACAAAUUUGAUACUCUUAGCGAGUUAAUAGAACACUAUAAAAAGAAUCCAAUGGUUGAAACAAGUGGAAGUGUUGUUCAUCUUCGACAACCGUUUAAUGCAACGCGUAUUAAUGCUAGUAGUAUUGAAAGCAGAGUUAGACAAUUGCACAAAGAAAACGGUUGUUCCAAUGGCUGGUUGUGUUGGAAUGGUACUACUGGAAAUAGUGAAGAUGGUACGGGCCGUAGUAAAGGAAAAGCUGGCUUCUGGGAAGAAUUCGAGUCUCUGCAGCAGCAGGAAUGUCGAAAUAUGUUUUCGAGAAUAGAAGGUUUACGUCCAGAGAAUCGUUCUAAGAAUCGUUAUAAAAACAUUUUACCAUUUGAUUAUACUAGGGUAAAAUUAAAAGACGUAGAUUCUAAUAUUCCUGGAGCAGAUUAUAUUAAUGCUAAUUACAUAAGGAACAUAGAAAUUGAUGAUACAAGUGCCAUUGAGAAUCUUGAUGAUGUCGCAUCAUUUGGCAAGUGUUAUAUAGCUACUCAAGGUUGUUUACCAAAUACCAUACAAGAUUUUUGGCAUAUGGUCUACCAAGAGAAUACUCGUGUCAUUGUUAUGACCACCAAGGAGAUAGAAAGAGGAAAGAAUAAAUGUGCACGUUAUUGGCCAGAAGAAGGAACAACUUCUGAAUAUGGUAAUGAAUGGAAAGUGCGUGCUAUAUCGCGAACCUCAACUGCUGAUUAUACUUUGCGCGAAUUUCUUUUACAAGGAACUAAACCGAAUUUUUCGGAAUCCAGGAGAAUUUAUCAUUACCAUUUUCAGGCAUGGCCUGAUCAUGGUGUUCCAUCAGAUCCUGGUUGUGUAUUGAACUUUUUGCAUGAUGUAAAUGCCAGACAGGAAUCGAUUGAAGCAUCUCUGAUCACAGCAUCAAAAGAUCAGGCAUCAAAAGAUCACAGCAAUCAGGAUGUACCAUCUAUAGGACCAAUUCUCGUUCAUUGUAGUGCUGGAAUUGGUAGAACUGGUACAUUUAUUGUUAUUGAUAUGAUUUUGGAUCAAAUUAAAUGUCAUGGAUUAGAUUGUGAAAUUGAUAUUCAACGUACAAUACAGCGAGUACGUUCACAAAGAUCUGGAAUGGUUCAGACAGAGGCACAAUAUAAAUUUGUCUAUCUCGCUGUUCUACACUAUAUCGAAACUGUAUCUCAACGGAUGCAAGCAGAACAGAAAUCACUUCAGUUGGGCAGAGAAUACACCAACAUUCGUUAUAAAAGUGAAAUAAGUAAUUCCACCAAUACUAUUGUAGGUGAAACCUCUACUCCUACUUGUACGCCAACAAUUCCUCCAACAUUACCAACACCCAUCUAUAGCUUGAAGUCAAAAUAAUUUUUCUCAUGCUCUAUCUCUCAGUACAUUUGAGAAAGCAAAAAAGAGGCUUUAUUAUUCUUUUGCUCUUUCUUUCUCUUUGUAUUUUCUAUUUCUUUAUUAUUAUAAAUAAUGUGCAACAUACAUAUAUACAUAGACUGCAUAUACAUAAAUAUUUCUAUGUUUUAACUAGUACGAAGUUGAUAAUUUAAGAUAAAAUGAAAUAAUUGGUUUUUUUCAAUUACUGCCUUAUACAAGGAUAGCUAUAAGAUAUUAUAGCUAUCCUUGUAUAUUGACAGUGAAUAGAGCAACAUGUUAUUUAUAAAAUAAGAUAGAAUGAAAAAUAGAGUAAGGAAGCAACUGAAACAAAUAAAAUAUCUCAUUUAUCUUGUGCCUAUCAGACUAAAGAUUAAAAUUGAGAUUAAAUUGAAACUUAAUCAAAAAAAAGAAAACCAUCUCAAGUUUAAUCUGAAUUUUGUUUAGAUUGGUUAAAUUCUAAUUCAAUCUUAAUUUUAAUCUAGUCUGAUACAGACUUUAAAAAUUGAUGCAAAUUGAUUUCAAUGCUUGUAAUCUGUGUAUAUAUGUUAUUGAUAAUAUUACAAGAAGAACAUAAUAUGACAUACCUUAAG